GAUAGCAACAUCCACACGCUCACCUAUAUAAAUAGGCGAUUGGAUCUGCUCCUCCUAAGCACGUAGUGACCGUGCUCCUGUGUGUACACUGCCGACGCCUUUCUUUUUUCUUACGUCGUCCUGCAGGAAACUUCAACAUGAGUAUCAAGGGUGCGCUGGGCCUGGGGCUGUUGCUGGCAAUGCUGGUGGCCUCCGUCAGCGCCGAGCCUCGUUUCGCCAGACCAGGAGAUCACGAACCUGUGGAACACGUGCGGGUUUUGCCUGAGCGUCAGGGGCGCCGCGUCUGCUACUACGAGACGUGGGCGGUGUACAGGCCGGAUGAAGUGCACUACGACAUCGAGAGCAUCCCCGGAAAUCUGUGCACGCAUCUCAUCUACACCUUCUGCGGAGUGUCCAACGUCACCUGGGAAGUCCUCAUGCUGGACCCCGAGCUGGACAUCAACGCCAAUGGUUACCGCCGGUUCGUGGCCCUGAAGGAGAAGUUCCCAGACGUGAAGACCACAAUUGCCGUGGGUGGUUGGGCCGAGGGAGGCAAGAAGUACUCCCAGAUGGUGAGCGUCAAGGAACGUCGAGAGACUUUCAUCAGGAGCGUUGUCCAGUUGCUGACAGAGUACGGCUUCGACGGCUUCGAUCUGGAUUGGGAAUACCCCGGGGCGACUGACCGCGGCGGCGCGUAUGCUGACAAGGACAACUUCCUGAAGCUUGUGACAGAGCUGCGCGAAGCCUUUGAUUCCGUGGGUCAAGGCUGGGAGCUAACCGCCGCUGUGCCCGUCGCUAAGUUCAGACUUCAGGAGGGUUAUCAUGUGCCCGAGCUGUGCAGUCUGCUGGACGCCAUUCACCUGAUGACCUACGAUCUGCGAGGGAACUGGUGUGGCUUCGCUGACGUGCACUCCAUGCUAUACAUGCGCCCUGGCCUUGACGAGUGGGCUUACGAGAAGCUGAAUGAUAAUGACGGUGUGUUACUGUGGGAGGAAUUCGGAUGCCCACGCGACAAGCUGGUUCUGGGAACGCCUUUCUACGGCCGCACUUACACGCUGGGCAGUCGUGAUAACGUCGAACUGCACGCUCCCAUUAAGAAGUGGGAAGGUGGUGGAAAGCCAGGCCCCUACACCAACGCCACCGGCACCAUGGCUUACUUCGAGAUCUGCAAGAUGAUGCUGGAUGACAAUGCUUGGGUUGACCGCUAUGACGACGUGGGCCUUGUUCCCUUCACAUACAAGGAGGACCAGUGGGUGGGCUACGAGGACCCCGACAGCCUCAAGAUCAAGAUGGACUACGUGAAGGACAUGAAACUGCUGGGCGCCAUGACGUGGGCCGUUGACCAGGAUGACUACCUUGGCUGGUGCAACAGGGGCAAGAACCCCAUGAUGAAUACGAUCUACGAGGGACUGAAGGACUACAUCGUGCCCCCAGCUCCCACCACCACCAGCACUACCAGGAAAACGUAUUGGCCUACACCAACCACCAAGUCCACCACCACCACCACGCGGGACCCCAACCUUCCCACUACCACCUUGGGACCCAUUGACUGCAACGUAGCCUCCUACUGGCCCCACGAGGACUGUGACAAGUAUUACUGGUGCUAUGACGGCGUGCCGCAUCUUGAGCACUGUCCAUCAGGCACCCUCUGGAGCCAGAGUGCCCAUAUGUGUGACUGGGCCGAAAAUGUUGACACUUCCAACUGCAACUUGCCUGCCCACGCUCCCAGCCGCAAACACCACAGCGGGCCCCCUCCUCAGACCAAGCACAUCCCUCCCAAGAAGGCAGCCGCUGAGCCAGUCCACCAACAGGGUAAUGAUAUCCCUCACCAGAAACCCCAGAAAGAAAUCCCUACGGCAAAAGGCGCCAAGAUCCCUCCUCUGAUGAAGGCACUGCACAACAUCCCCUAGGCGCUGCGGCCGCCACAGUCUCUCCGCCGGGGCUGGUCGGACGCGAGCCACACCACCCGGACGGAGUCUAACUCACUUCUGAAUCAGUCAUUUCUAUUAGACAUACUCAUGCAUCUAAUAUGUAGCUUUAUUUGUAUACAAAAAUUUGGGAUCAGCAAAGUGGAACCCGGUUAAUGUAUGCAUUAUGUAUCGUUUUUUUUUUUUUUUCAAUAAUCAUGUGUUUUGAGAAGUUCUAUUAUUAUCUACAGUAGCAAGAAAUUCAGCCUUUCGGUGGAAGUGUUCAGUGUCACAUACUCUUGGUUAAUCAAAAUUAUUAAUUUCA